AUGCAGUCAACAGCAAAUAUGACGUCUCUGUCUUUGACAAGGCAGCAUGCUGUAGCGGAAUAUAUGCGCUCCAGAGAGGUGUAUCGAAAUGAAACGGUGGCUGUGCUUGUGGAUGCGUUUCGCCACACACAUGCAUACACAAGGUUGUUUGGGAGAGUUAAGGAUGAAAUUGGUCUGGCAGGAGAAAUUCAGCAGUUUCGCUUAUUGUUUUUUCUUUCCCAUUUCCACUCCGAUCACUACAGUGGUAUCACCGAGGGCUGGAACCACGGAACCAUUUACGCUAGUCGGAGCACCGCCAAUCUUUUGUGCUGGCGUUUGGGACUUCCGCAGUCACGAGUAAAACACAUGGAUUUUUGUGUAACGUACGUUUUUUCGUUAAAGGAUGGUGCGUUACUGUACGAGCAAAAGGAAGAAACGGAGGUUGAGGACUGUCCUGAGGAAUGCUUUUCAGUCACGCUGAUUUCAGCAAAACAUUGCCCAGGCGCUGUCAUGUUUCUUUUUCGCUCCACUGUCUUUGGGACGAUCCUCCACACAGGGGACUUUCGAUUUACCCAAGAGAAGUUUGCGUUUUCUCGCCCCCCUGAGGCACUUCAAAUGCUGUGUACCCACGAAGGAGUUGAGAUGGAUAAGGACCCCGUCUUGAGGUCUGUUGCGGGGAAGGUAGAUGUCCUUUUUCUCGACAAUACGUUUUGCGACAGGCGCUUCAGCUUCCUCUCUCGUGCAGAGAGUUUGCGGGAGGUAAAUCAGGCGAUUUUAUCACUGUUUCGCGAACACACAUCCACUCUGAAGCCUGAAGCGGAACGAGUGGCUCCAUUGGCGCAGGAGGGGAAGGAACGCGUUGUUUCUGUGGCUGUUUUCAUUGGAAGCUACUUUAUAGGUAAGGAACGCAUCGCACUUUCUAUUCAGGAAAAUUUUCCCUUGGCGUCUGUCAAGGACUCAAAGUGUAGGGUUGUCCCAACGUACGUUUCCCCUGAGAAGUAUGAAGCACUGAGGCAGUUGGACUAUUAUCUGGACCACUUUGUGCCAUUCCCCCGGUGUCAAGGCGCGGUAAAGGGUGAAAGCUCAACGCUUGAAACUUUCACCAGGCAUGCGGUGAGGCUCCCGCAGGACACAUUAUCUUCUUCACCAGAGGUUGCGCGGGAUGUUUUUUCGUCAUUUGAACUGGCAGAGAUGCCAUGUAACGAGAUAGUCUACUAUUUGACGAUCCUUCUUGUUCCGUUCUCUUCCGUGACGCGCCCUGCGCUUGCUGUGGCGUCUGGGGGACGAUCUAAGCGACAACGUGACGACAGUACUGCUGGUGAUACUCACCAGGAUGUCUCCUUUUCUGGUGAGUCUAUUUCGCUUUGGGGUGAAGAAGUGGUUGACCUCAAGCAAUUCGAUAAGGUCCUCUGUGUGGAGCCCACUGGAUGGUCUCGCAACGCCAGCAGGCAACCUGUCAGCAAGCGUGUGACGUUGCUUCGUGUACCCUACAGUGAACACUGCAGUUUUACGGAGCUUGUGGAUUUUGUGGAAUUUUUGAAUCCCACACUUAUCGUACCAACAGUGUCAUUGGAGCUCUUCAAGAAAUAUGAGGUGUUGUUUGCUGAAAAAGCCCCACGACUGCGCCAACGUUACGCCAAUGCUCAACCACUCUCCCGCUUCUUGGUUCCAAGGCAACUUCCCGUACUGGGAGGGAGUGACACUAAAGGCUUGGAAGACUCGUGUGUAGGUGUCAUUGAGAGGAGGAAGCAACGAAAUCCGUUUGCCCCCAUUACAGUGAUCGAGGAGGUAAUAUUAAUAGAUGGGGAUUAUAAGAACUGCAGUUUCUUAGAUUCCAACGUUGCUCAAGUAACUAACGCACUGAAUGAAAAUGAAGUUGAUAGGGAGAACGAGGCUCUGACUUUGAGGAAAGAUGCACAAGUGACAGUUGCCACCAACGCAGUUGUUUCUAUUGGCAACCCGGUGAUGCGGGAAAGGUCUGAAAAGGAGGUCACACAGCAUGCAGUCGGCAAGGAACAGAUGAAUACACAAAUAUCGACUUAUCACAGGACUCGCUUGAAUGACGUCGGCGCAAAUGGCAGUGAUGAUAGCGAUGACUGUGUCUGCGUUUUAGUCCGGCCACAUUUUAUUGAGGUGAGUGACUCCUCGAACUGA